AUGUAAAAGUUUUAAAAUUUAUUCAACUUAUUGGAAGAACAAAGAAGGAAGACAUCCUCAGGACAUUCAAAUUCACCUAAGAGCAAAGUUACAGCCAAUCAUGAUGAAAAAUUUCUAAAAGCAAGUAUUAAAGCUCAUGAUUCCAGAAAAUACUUAUUAAAUAAUAAUCCAAAAAGUAUACAUGAUAGAUUGAGUUCAUUGAUUAGAAAAAAAUCAUCACCAAUAAAUAAACUAAGGAUUAAACACAAUUCUUUGCAUGAAAAUAGUUUUAUUAGUAAUACAUAUACAACUUAGGAUGAAAUGCCUUAAAUCUUAUUACCUAUUAAUGAAAUUUAAGUUCCAUAAUAUAAUAUCAAUUAAUCAUUUUAAUAGGAUUAAAGAUUAAAAACAGAUAACAAUAACUAUGAAGUUAUAAGUCUAGAAACUUAAUUACAAAAGUAUCCUAAAUUACAAAAUUAUUUUCAAAUUAAAAGAAUUUAGAAAGAACUAGUAAAAAAAGAACAAAUAAAGUCAAAUUUAUCUUUGGCUAAUACAAAACCUCCUUAAGAUAAUUCUAAGUAUUAAUUAAAAUAUGGAAUCAAAUUUGAUAAUUUUGUUUCUAGAUUGUAAGAUAAAGAUGCUAAAAUUAGAAUUUAAAAGAUAUAUGACAGGUAUAUAUUAAUAAUCUCUCUAGAUAUACUUAUUAACGAAUAAGUCAUAAAGUAUAUACAGAGAUACCAGAUGUAACAAAAUAUACAAAAUUAAUAAAUACUUAAACAGAAAUAUUUUAAGAUGUAAUAGAAAAUAGGAGAUUAUCUAGAUCAAAUUAAAAAAAAUUAGAAUCAAAUCUUAAAGAAAUUUAUAGGUAAGUACUAAAAAAUUGA